AUGAACAGGAUCUCCAUACGAAGCAUCAACAAGUUUGCGGGCUCCAUUCCCAAGCCAAAACCCAAGCCCAAGCCAAUGAACAAACCAAAGCCAAUUAGAGAUGAGGAAGCAGAAUACUACAGGAAGUUCAGAGAAACUGGCAAGAUCAAUUGGAAACACAUGCCCCAACUGUUGAAGACCCGAGCCAGAGGUGUUCUUAUGAUAUUCGGGGCGUUGCCAUUAGUAAUAGUCACGGGGUACGAACUUUGGAGACGAUUAGAGGGUAAGUCCGUCAAGAGAGUCCAAAGAGGUGAACUCACGGAUGACAGACAAGUUAUACCUUGGGAUGAAGAGAAAAUAUGGCAAACUGAAAGGAAUAGUUGGUACUAUAAGCUCUUUGGCAGAGAUUAUUUUCUUGAUGGGUUCACUAGUGAUACCAUGCCUAAACCAAAGGAUGUUGAGAGUAGUAGUUCUUCUCCACUGAAGAACUAA